GUCACCGGAAGAGGCGGGCGACGUCACGAGGGCCUACGCGUCUCGCGCGGGGCAGGAGUUGACAGACGGUCUCUGGCUGGAUUUCGGCGGCCCCGGGACCGCGGAAGAGGCUUCCGAGGGCGGCCGCGAUGCCGAGCCAGCAGCGAGUCAGUCAGCUCCUGGAUCUGUACGUGGAUAUUUUCUUGCUUUUGGUGAAGUCUGAGGUCUUCUGCCAGCAUUCAAUGCCUUUGGUGCUUCAUGAAGAAUAUUUCUAGAUACAUCACAGACAUCAAGCCUUUGCCACCCAACAUAAAAGAUAGACUGAUCAAAAUAAUGAGCGUGCAGGGGCAGAUAACAGAUUCAAAUAUAAGUGAGAUUUUACAUCCUGAAGUCCAAACUCUAGAUCUACGAAGCUGUGAUAUUUCAGAUACUGCUCUCCUGCACCUAUGUAACUGCAGAAAAUUGAAGAAAUUAAUUUUAAAUUCCUCAAAAGAAAACAGAAUUUCCAUAACUUCAAAAGGAAUAAAAGCUGUGGCUUCAUCUUGUUCUUACCUGCACGAAGCUUCUUUGAAAAGAUGCUGCAAUCUCACUGAUGAAGGAGUCCUUGCUCUUGCACUCAAUUGCCGGCUGCUAAAGAUCAUUGAUUUAGGUGGCUGCUUAGGUAUUACUGAUGUGUCCUUGCAGGCAUUAGGAGAAAACUGCCCAUUUUUGCAGUGUGUUGAUUUUUCAGCUACUCAGGUAUCUGACAGCGGUGUGGUUGCACUUGUUAGUGGACCUUGUGCCAAGAAAUUAGAGGAGAUUCAUAUGGGAUAUUGUGUGAAUCUGACUGAUGAGGCUGUAGAAGCUGUCCUUACUUGCUGUCCUCAGAUAUGUAUAUUACUCUUCCAUGGAUGCCCCCUGGUAACAGAUCAUUCACGAGAAGUCUUGGAGCAAUUGGUAGGCCCAAACAAACUAAAGCAAGUGACGUGGACUGUAUAUUGAUGCUUACUGAAGCUUAUCAAAGCUAUGAUCUUCAUACUACUUUCCCAGGAAACAAUGAUCUAGAGAUUGGCUUUCCAAUAAUAUGAUUUAUGCUUUGAAGUUAACCAGGCUCUUAAACAUUUUAAUAGUGCUAUUAUUUCUAAGUUUGUUUGAGGAGUGAUUGUUCUUGAAAUGGCAAUCCUAGCAUGCCCUCUGAUGUAUUUGGGGAGGGUAUUGUGUUUGUUUCCUUAAUAGCAAAGUUUUAAAUUACCUGUUUGCCUGGAAAUUUCCUUCUCCUACCUAGAUAUUUGAGCUGCUGUAAGAGAGAUUUACCAAUAUGGAUAAACAUUAGGAGAAUUCUAAGUAAAGAUAUUUCUAAAAGCAUAA